AUGGUGCCCGCAUUGCUGCCCCUGCUGCUGCUCCUGCUGCUGCCGCCUCCGUUGCCCGCGUCGGGCGGCCGCUGCCCGCCGCGCUGCGCCUGCAGCCAGGCCGCCCUGCGCUGCCUCUCGCCGCCCCAGGGGCCGCUGCCCGCGCCCGCCCGCGCGUUGUUUACUCGUCUCCCUGUGAAAGUAAUCCCAUCACACGCCUUUGAAGGACUUAGAGAUGCUUUCAUCAUUGAGAUCUCGCAGAGCGAUUCCCUGGAGAGGAUAGAAGUGAGCGCAUUUGACAGCCUCCCCACUCUGUCUGAAAUAUUAAUCCUGAAUACAAAAAAUCUGUUGCACAUCGAGAAUGGAGCAUUCAGAAACCUUCCAAGGCUAAAAUACCUGAGCAUCUGUAACACUGGGAUAAGACAAUUUCCAGACCUGACACAGAUAUUCUCAUUAGAAGCUCAUUUUAUUUUGGAGCUGUGCGACAACUUGCGUAUGACGACCAUCCCACAAAAUGCUUUCCAGGGGAUGAACAACGAAUCGCUGACACUCAAACUGUAUAAAAAUGGAUUUGAAGAUAUCCACAGCCAUGCCUUCAACGGGACAAAGCUCAAUCAGCUAAUCCUGAAGGAUAACAAGAACCUCAGGCGGAUACACAAUGACGCCCUGAGAGGGGCCACAGGACCAGAUGUCCUGGAUAUUUCCUCAACAGCACUGGAGUCCCUGCCUAGUUACGGGCUGGAGGCCAUUCAAGUCUUAAAUGCAACAUCAUCUUACUCCUUGAAGAGGCUGCCACCCCUGGAGAAGUUCAGCAAUCUUCUGGAAGCUGUUCUCACUUACCCAAGCCACUGCUGUGCCUUUCGAAACCUAAGGACUGAAAAACAAAAUUCCUUGCUUUCCAUUUUUGACAAUUUCUCCAAAGAGUGUGAAAAUACCAUGAGGAAACCACCUAAUGAAGUAUUAGAUGACUCUUCCAACACAUCGCUGUGGCCAGAAGAGAAGGCUCUGUACCCCUUCACAGCAAAGGAGGAGCCCUCCCCUUACAGCUACUCAGCCGUUUUUUAUGACAGCGAGCUGACCGCCUUCGACUUCGAGUACGACUUCUGCCAGCCUAGAAUACUCACCUGCACCCCGGAACCGGAUGCCUUUAACCCCUGCGAGGACAUCCUGGGCUACAGCUUCCUCAGGGUGCUUAUCUGGUUCAUAAACAUCCUGGCCCUGGCCGGCAACUUCACCGUGCUCCUCGUCCUCAUCACCAGCCACUACAAGCUGACCGUCCCUCGCUUCCUCAUGUGCAACCUCUCCUUCGCCGACUUCUGCAUGGGCCUUUACCUGCUGCUGAUCGCCGCCGUGGACGCCCAGAGCAGCGGCCAGUACUACAACCACGCCAUAGACUGGCAGACGGGCGGCGGCUGCAGCGCUGCCGGCUUCUUCACGGUGUUUGCGAGCGAGCUCUCCGUCUACACGCUGACGGUGAUCACCCUGGAGAGGUGGCACACCAUCACCUACGCCAUGCAGCUGGACCGCAAGCUGCGCCUGCGGCACGCCGUGCCCAUCAUGCUGGGGGGCUGGGUGUUCUCCAUCCUCAUAGCCGUGCUGCCCCUCUUUGGGGUCAGCAGCUACAUGAAGGUCAGCAUUUGCUUGCCCAUGGACGUGGAAACGGGGCUUGCCCAAGCCUACAUACUGCUGAUCUUGGCGCUGAACGUCGUCGCCUUCCUGGUCAUUUGUGCUUGCUACAUUAAGAUUUACGUAGCUGUUCAGAACCCAGAGCUGGUAGCUGCCAAUAAAGAUACCAAGGUUGCCAAGAGAAUGGCAAUACUGAUCUUCACGGAUUUCACCUGCAUGGCCCCCAUCUCCUUUUUUGCCAUAUCUGCUGCCUUCAAGGUCCCUCUCAUCACAGUGACAAACUCCAAGAUCCUGCUGGUUUUAUUUUAUCCUGUCAACUCCUGCGCAAACCCCUUCCUCUACGCCAUUUUCACCAAAGCCUUUCGAAGGGAUUUCUUUCUGCUGCUGAGCAAACUCGGCUGCUGUAAGACCCGAGCAGAGCUUUACAGGAUGAACUAUUUCUCUGCUCAUACCUCUAACUGCAAGAACGGCAGCUCAGCCACAGCCCCCAGCAAAGCCUCCCCAGGGCUUCUGCUCUUGUCAGCCUUGGAGAAGCCAUGUCCUGCAGCAGCAGACAAGACAUCUUGCAAUGGCAGUUAA